CACCUCUGGAUAACAAUUGAUUGGAUUUUAUUCAUUUUGUGAUGCGCAGUUAUUUUUUGAUAUUUAUUUUGAUUUUAUUGCUGGAAAUUAGGGAGGUUUGGAGUUGGAAAGCCCCUUACCUCCGUGACCGCCCCAGAGGACUGGGGCUUCUUCAGUUGCCGACUGGAAUUUCUGAUGAAAGAUCCGGACCAUUCCUUCCGGGCCUGUAUAUUGCUGGAAACAAAGUCAACCAGAAGCCACAGACCGUACCAGAUGUGCAUCUCCCCGGACAACCAGCUGAUUUUACUGGACGAUCCGCCUUCAACCCAUUCACCCAUAUGGUGUCCGCAGUGUACGCCGAGGAUUUGUCCGAUGGUUGGGGAGCUGGUAUGGCUGUUAACGGAGUCAAUGGUCACGGAUUGAACGUCCGCAAGAACUUUGACUCCUAUGCAGAUGUGCCUUUAAAUCUGAACGACGGGAUGUACCAGCCGUUCAUCGCUGCGGCCACCGUCGGUGGGGAAUACGAUCUUUCAAAAAUGCGUGAAGUUUCCGGAUCCUUGGAUCUCCCGAUUCCUGGGGUCAAUGAGUUGUUCGAUUUGAACGCAAGGAUCUUGGUUAAGACAUUUUUGUUGCACAAUUCUGCAAUUGAAUUUCCACUCACGCUGUCGGAUCCUAACGAAAGAGCGCCCUACAAUUUCCGGUACGCUGUGUGGGCUCCGGAUCGUCAUAUGGCUUAUGGACACGUGGUGCCUAAUGUGAACCCAUAUGUGAUCGGAAAGGACAAGAUUAUGGAACGAUUGAUGCAAAAUCGGCUGAAUCCCACUAUGGUUGGGUAGUUUUAGAGAGCGGAGCUUAAUAAAUGUUGAUAAUAAAAUUUUAAUAAAUAAUAAAUUGAUUUUGAGUUGUGUA